GUCGAGCACCGGCGCAAAGGUUACGGUACGCUCGUGACGAAAGCGUUGGCCGUAAAGCUGGCCGAGAUGGGCUGCAUUUCUUACGGAUUCAUUCUCAAAAGAAACACAGCUUCCAUCGAUAUGUUCCGCAAGCUUGGCUUCGAGAACGUCGGUAGCAUGUACUGGACCCGGAACGUUGACCGAAAGCUCGUCGAAUGGGACGGCUAGCUAGUGGUUUCGGUUCAGCUCAAUCAGCUGUGCCCUCUUCUUGUUCUCAUGCCGGCCCUCGACACUGCCAGCCUGUCCCUCAAACCACCCUAGGCGGCGAUGGGUUUUAAUCUUAUCAACGUUGUUUAGAGCGCCGAGAGUUGAGCUCACCACACAGACGGCCACAGAGCGGUACUGUGGUGGUUGUGUGCUCUUGAAUUACCGGCAAUCAUUUCUAGCCUGCAACGGUGUGCUGUUAGGAUGCGGAUUAGUCGCUGGCAAACAAAUCAACCAUGCAGAACGACGUCCUCGUACCGAUUCCACCAGGUGCCUGGAAACAGCUGAGGGAUCUCUACCGACAGGAUUGGCCCCGGCACGAGAUAGCCUACCACACGGUGCAUAACUACAUCUACUGGACCGAACACGAUCCACACAUCACCAGGACGUUGAUCGUGUACAGCCUUAACGGAUCUUGGUGGCAAAAUGGUACCUACAUCAUUAUCGAUCACACCGAUGUGUUCAUGUAUACGCUGGAAUCGUCCGGUGCAACGCUGAGGAGGAUGCUCCAGCUGCUCGAUUGGCACCAUAGCUAUCUGAUGAAUAUGUGCCUGUACCGUGAUCUCGUCCUGGACGUGUACCGUCUGCACCAUCUGCCCGUAGCUUUCUACAGUGAGGAUGUGAUUUACUGCGUUCCGCACCAAGUGGCGCACGAGUUUCGGUACGAGUUACCGGCGGGUCUAUCACUGCAUCGCAUCGAGCCACACUAUGCUCGGUUCAUCUACAACCAGUGGUUGACCAAAACCGUCGGCACGGAGUAUUUCAUCGAGCGGUUGCUUCGGUGGAACAUUUCGAUGGGACUGUUCUGUGAGCGUACGGGGGAACCACUGGCCUGGUGUAUCCGAACUCAGAACGGUGCGCUCGGGCUGCUGGGUGUUGUGGCCCAGCGGAAGGGCUAUGGAUCGCUAGUGAUCAAAGCGUUCGCUCGAAGGCUCGCGGAACAAGGCUACAGUACGUAUGCCAGCGUGAGGCACACAAAUAUGGCAUCCAGGAGACUGUUUGAGAAGCUCGGCUUCAGUGUGGUCGGGGAGGCGAGCUGGUUGAAGAACAUGAAGGGCAAGUUUGAUGGCACCGAGCUGCGAAAAGCAAUAAAAUCGUAAUCCCAGUGCGGUGUGGAUAGUAACGAGCAAGAAAUAAUGCAGACCAUCCCUGGAUAUGAAUAUCACAAUUUUAAACUGGUCGGAAUAGCCAAAGACGAGCCGGGCUAAUUAAAUUUUUAUUG